GGUCAGCUUCCUUGUGGUUCAUGGAACGAAUCACACAGGAGAGAAGCCAUACGAGUGCUCCUGAUGUGAAUACUUUAGUGACAUGGCAACAUGGUAAUACAUCACAGGACACCCAUCACGUAAGAGUGUCCAAAUUGUGUGAAAGUAUCAUUGGAAAUUACCAUCUCAUGAGACAACAAAGGACUCACACAGGAGAGAAACCCUUUCAAUGUCCUGAUUGUGGGAAAAGGUUCAGUCAGAAUUGCAGCCUGGUGACACACCAGAGGAUUCACACAGGAGAGAAAACAUUUGAAUGUCCUUUCUGUGGGAAAGGUUUCAGUCACAAUUCCAGUCUGCUGGCACAUCAGAGAACUCACACAGGUGAGAAACCAUUUGAAUGUCCUAUCUGUGGGAAAUGUUUCAGUCACAAUUCCAGCCUGCUGGCACAUCAGAGAACUCACACAGGUGAGAAACCAUUUGAAUGUCCUAUCUGUGGGAAAUGUUUCAGUCACAAUUCCAGCCUGCUGGCACACCAGAGGAUUCACACAGGAGAGAAACCAUUUGAAUGUCCUGAUUGUGGGAAAAGUUUCAGUCACAAUUUCAGCCUGGUGACACACCAGAGGACACACACAGGAGAGAAACCAUUUGAAUGUCCUGAUUGUGGGAAAUGUUUCAGUCACAAUUCCAGCCUGUUGACACACCAGAGGACUCACACAGGAGAGAAACCAUUUGAAUGUCCUGAUUGUGGGAAAAGGUUCAGUAAAAAUUCCAAUCUGGUGACACACCAGAAGACUCACACAGGAGAGAAAUCCUUUCAAUGUCCUGAUUGUGGGAAACGUUUCAGUCAGAAUUCCAGCCUGGUGACACACCAGAGGACUCAUACAGGAGAAAAACCAUUUGAAUGUCCUGAUUGUGAGAAAAGGUUCAGUAACAAUUUCAGCCUGGUGACACACCAGAGGACACACACAGGAGAGAAACCAUUUGAAUGUCCUGUUUGUGGGAAAAGUUUCAGUCACAAUUUCAGCCUGGUGACACACCAGAGGACACACACAGGAGAGAAACCAUUUGAAUGUCCUGAUUGUGGGAAAUGUUUCAGUCACAAUUCCAGCCUGUUGACACACCAGAGGACUCACACAGGAGAGAAACCAUUUGAAUGUCCUGAUUGUGGGAAAAGGUUCAGUAAAAAUUCCAAUCUGGUGACACACCAGAAGACUCACACAGGAGAGAAAUCCUUUCAAUGUCCUGAUUGUGGGAAACGUUUCAGUCAGAAUUCCAGCCUGGUGGCACACCAGAAGACUCAUACAGGAGAGAAACCCUUUGAAUGUCCUGAUUGUGGGAAAAGUUUCCGUAACAAUUUCAGCCUGGUGACACACCAAAGGACUCACACAGGAGAGAAACCAUUUGAAUGUCCUAAUUGUGGGAAAAGUUUCAGUCACAAUUCCAGCCUGGUGACACACCAAAGGACUCACACAGGAGAGAAACCAUUUGAAUGUCCUGAUUGUGGGAAAAGGUUCAGUAACAAUUCCCACCUGGUGACACACCAGAAGACUCACACAGGGGAGAAAUCCUUUCAAUGUCCUGACUGUGGGAAAAGUUUCAGUCAGAAUUGCAGCCUGGUGACACACCAGAGGACCCACACAGGAGAGAAACCAUUUGAAUGUGCUGAUUGUGGGAAAAGGUUCAGUAAUAAUUCCAAUCUGGUGACACACCAGAAGAUUCACACAGGAGAGAAAUCCUUUCAAUGUCCUGAUUGUGGGAAAAGUUUCAGUCAGAAUUAUAAACUGGUGAGACACCAGAGGACUCAUACAGGAGAAAAACCCUUUGAAUGUUGUAUCUGUGGGAAAAGUUUUAGUGAUAAUUCCAGCCUGGUGAGACACCAGAGGACUCACACAGGAGAGAAACCAUACGAGUGCCCAGACUGUGGGAAAGAUUUCAGUACCAACACUAGCCUUUUAAAUCAUGUGCUUAUACACACAGGAGAAACCAUUUAAGUGCCCCAAGUAUGGACGGUGCUUCAGGAAACAUUCCACCCUUAUUGAACACAAGAAAAUGCACAUGGAUUUUCCAAAGUGAUGAGUGAUGACCUAAAGUGAUGAGUGUAAAGGCUUGAAUUUUAAGUUUUAAGCUGAGAAAUUGACUCUUCAAUUUGACCAGAAAGAAUUUGCUUGAUUGUUUUUGUCAUCAAAUAUGUCAUAGUAUUAGAUGGGAAGGAGGAAAGAAAAAAUUGGAACAUGUUAGUUCGAUAAUGGCUGUCUGGCUGGCCAUCAGCAGCAGAAGUUGCUGGGUAUUUAUUUCUGCAGAAAUUGUGCAAUUCUGCAAAAAUCAUUUUAGGAGUGUUCUCUGCAUUUUUAUCAUAAUAAAUGAUAGAAAUGCCACAUGCAGAGUACCAGCCUUUUUCUCCCUGGGUAUCCUUGAGAUUUUCCACCCCAGAAUUUCCCAGGCAGCAUCUCUUCGGGAUAAAAGCGCUCAGGCUGUAGUUAGAGGUUGUGGGUCCUCAUGGAAGAAGAAAACAAGAGGAAAGAGAAAUAGUUUAUCUUUUCCUAACAAUUCAUUGCACCAAGCAUGUCUGCUCAGAUUGUAAAUGAGGCACGUAAGUGGAAGAAACCAUAUGAAUAGCAAAUAUAUUGGGGGAAUUUGGGGCAGUGACAAAAGCAGUGUAAAAUUUCAGAUGCAAAGGCUACUCUGCCUUGCAUGUGACCUUCAUGGAGAAGAGCUGUAGGAAUAUUGAGUUGAGGAAAGUGAUUGUGUUUUUGAGUACAGGAUCUCCAGGUUCAUUCGCAACUCCUGUUGUGAUCUCCUUCGCUUGGAGGUUCCUCCUUGUUAGUCUUUGAUGGCUGGGAGGUGUGAGCAGAACCAAGGGAUUUUUACUUUUGUGGUUCCCCCCUUGGUAGGGAAAUGUGAGGGGGAAAAUUGUACAGUAGAUGUUUCAUUUCUAAAACAGCAUUGCAUAAGACUCAUGAAUAGAUUUUGAGGUGGGGAAAGGAAAGUGUCAGCAUUUCUGCAAACAUUGGGACAAUGUAAUGCAAAGCUCUCUUCCCAACACAUGGGAGACCUUUCCUGUUCUUUCAUUUCUCUGACAGGACUCCUUAAAGUGUCAGCAUUUCUGUAAACAUUGGGACAAUGUAAUGCAACUUUGUUGAGUGAGGGUUACUUCCCCGCUGCCUUGAAAGAGGCGGUGGUGAGGCCUCUCCUCAAGAAGCUGUCCCUGGAUCCGGCAAUAUUGGCCAACUAUCGUCCUGUCUCCAACCUUCACUUCAUGGCAAAGGUUGUUGAGAGUGUGGUCACGCGACAGUUUCCACAAUUCCUGGAAGAAACAUCUUAUCUAGAUCCGUUCCAGUCGGGUUUCAGGUCUGGGCACAGCACGGAAACGGCAUUGGUCGCGUUGGUUGAUGAUCUCUGGAGGGCUCGGGACAGGGGUUGCUCCUCUGUUCUGGUCCUGUUAGAUCUCUCAGCGGCUUUUGAUACCAUCGACCAUGGUAUCAUGCUGCACCGGCUGGAAGAGUUGGGGGUGGGAGGCACCGUGUUGCAGUGGUUCUCCUCCUUUCUCUCCGACCGGUCGCAGUUUGUGUUGGCAGGGGGGCAGAGGUCGACCUCGAGGCCUCUCAUCUGUGGAGUGCCGCAGGGAUCGGUCCUCUCGCCCCUUCUGUUCAACAUUUAUGUGAAGCCGCUGGGCGAGAUCAUCCGUGGCUUUGGGGUGAGAUACCACCAGUACGCUGAUGACACCCAGCUGUACAUCUCCACCCCAGGCCACCCCAAUGAUGCCCUUGAAGUGAUGUCCCAGUGCCUGGAGGCUGUGCGGAUCUGGAUGGGGAGGAACAGGCUCAAGCUCAACCCAAGACUGAGUGGCUGUGGCUCCCGGCAUCCCGAUAUAGUCAGUUGACUCCAUCACUGACUAUUGGGGGCGAGUCUUUGGCCCCCACUGAAAAGGCUCGCAAUCUGGGAGUCCUCCUGGAUAUGCAGCUGUCCUUGGAGGAACACCUGACAGCUGUAACCAGGGGGACCUUUUGUCAGGUUCGCCUGAUUCGCCAGUUGCAGCCCUUUCUUGAUCGGGAUUCCCUGUGCACAGUCACUCACGCCCUCGUCACCUCUCGCCUUGACUACUGCAACGCUCUCUACAUGGGGCUCCCCUUGAAGAGCACCCAGAGGCUCCAACUGGUCCAGAACGCAGCAGCAGGGGUAGUGAUGGGAGCAGCAUGGCGCUCCCAUGUAACACUGCUCCUGCGCGAGCUGCGCUGGUUCCCGGUGGUCUUCCGGGUGUGCUUCAAGGUGUUGGUCAUCACCUUUAAAGUGCUCCAUGGCAUAGGGCCUAGCUAUCUUCGAGACUGCCUGCUGCUACCGACGACCUCCCAUCAACCCGUGCGCUCCCACAGAGAGGGCCUCCUCAGGGUGCCAUCAGCCAAACAAUGUAGGCUGGUGACCCCCAGGGGGAGGGCCUUCUCUGUGGGGGCACCUACCCUCUGGAAUCAGUUGCCCCCAGAGAUAAGGAGAAUCCAAGACCUCAGUGCCUUCCGCCAUGCCCUAAAAACCCACUUUUUCCAGCAAGCCGGGCUGGCUUAAGAAGAAAUUUUUAAAUGUUUAAUUGGUUUGUGAUUUUUAAUUUUUGGGCCAAAUUUAUAUAUAUUUUAAUUGUUUUUUAAUAUUUGUAUUUCAUGUUCUUAAUUCUGGCUGUAUACCGCCCUGAGUCCUCAGGGAGAAGGGCAGUAUAUAAAUUGUAAAUAAAAUUAAAUAAUAAAAUAAAUAAAAAGCUCUCUUCCGAACACCUGGGAGAUCUUUCCUGUUCUUUCACUUCUCUCCCAGGACUCCUUAAUUUGUUUAAAAAAUUCCUUCAAUUAAAGGGGAACAUUAUUUGUAGCAGUGAAAGUGAUAUGUUAGCUAUACAGAUGGAUUAUCCUGAUUUUGCUGGGAUUGGAAGACACCAAAGAAUUCCAAGAUCUUUCAUUUCACCCACAAGAUUCAAAAAGACAGGUUACAAUGUUUUUUAGUAGGUCACAUUGCAUCUGAUCCCUUUGAAGGAUACUCGGUGACAAGGAGCAGAUCAGGACUGGCAUGUGGAGAAACCAAGAUGUAACUCAAUAGUCUGUCUGGAUAAUCACUGGGGACUUUCCAUGACUGAGAAUAGGAUAGGAUUGAAUGGAAAUGAAUUCUUUAUUGGCCAAGUGUGAUUGGACACAAGGAAUUUGUCUUUGGUGCAUAUGCUCUCACUGUACAUAAAAAGACAAGAUACAUGAUAGUCAUAGGGUACAAAUAAGUAAUCAAAUCAUAGUAGGAAACAAUAUAAAUCAUAAGGAUACAAGCAACAAAGUAACAGUCAUACAGUCAUAAGUGGGAGGAGAUGGGUGAUAGGAACAAUGGGACGAUUAAUUGUAAUAGUAAUUCAGACUUAGUAAAUAGUUUGACAGUGUUGAGGGAAUUAUUUGUUUAGCAGAGUGAUGACAUUCAGGAAAAAACUUCUUGUGUCUAGUUGUUCUGGUGUGCAGUGCUCUAUAGUGUUGUUUUGAGGGUAGGAGUUGAAACAGUUUAGAGGUCUGUAAAUAUUUUCACAGCCCUCUUUUUGACUCCUGCAGUAUGCAGGUCCUCAAUGGAAGGCAGGUUGGUAGUAAUUGUUUUUUCUGCAGUUCUAAUUAUCCUCUGAAGUCUGUGUCUGUCUUGUUGGGUUGCAGAACCAAACCAGACAGUUAUGAUGACAGACUCAAUAAUUCCUUUUUAGAACUGUAUCAGCAGUUCCUUGGGCAGUUUAAGCUUCCUGGGUUGACGCAGAAAGAACAUUCUUUGUUGUGCUUUUUUGAUGACGUUUUUGAUGUUAGGUGUCCAUUUUAGGUCUUGAGAUAUGAUAGAAUCUAGAAAUUUGAAGGUCUCUACUGUUGAUACUGUGUUGUCUAGUAUUGUAUGAGGUGGAAGUAUGGGAGGAUUUCUCCUAAAGUCUACCACCAUUUCUACUGUUUUGAGUGUGUUCAGUUCCAGAUUGUUCCGGUCACACCACAAGGCUAGUUGUUCAACCUCCCGUCUGUAUGCAGAUUCAUCAUUGUCUCGAAUGAGACCAAUCUCUGUUAUAUCAUCUGCAAACUUCAGUAGUUUAAGAGAUGGAUCAUUUGAGAUGUAGUCAUUGGUAUAUAGAGAGAAGAGAAAUGGGGAGAGCACAAAUCCUUGGGGGGGGGCCCUGUGCUAAUUGUACAGGUAUCUGAUGUGAUUCUGCUUAGCUUCACCUGCUGCUUCCGGUCUGUUAGGAAACUUAUGAUCCACUUACAAGGGUGUUCAGGUACCGCUAGCUGGUUUAGUUUAGUUAGGCGUAUGUCCAGAAUGAUGGUAUUGAAUGCUGAACUAAAGUCUAUAAAGGGGACCCUUGCGUAGGUCUUUGGAGAUUUAAGAUGUUGUAGGAUGUAGUGCAGGGCCAUAUUAACAGUAUCAUCUGUCAAUCUAUAUGAGUGGAGAACACAAACUAUCUCCUUGCUCCUAGCCCAGCACUGUCAUCCACUCUAUCAAAUUUAAAUAUGUGCAAAAUUUCUGAAAUUUAAAAUAGUAAAAUGUUUAAUAUGCUUAAUAUUAACUGAUUGUUUUCCUUUUUCUCUUUCCUUGGUGUCGUAUUUUAGUGCACAUCUUUAUCAUGUCUCAUUUUAUUAUGGUUAGACAUUGGAAACCCUUCCAAUGAUCCCAAAGCCUCUGAAUCUCUCUCAGGGCUAUAUAAAAAUAUCAAGCAAAAUUAAAUAAAGCCAACCUAAGAAUCAGAGGGGAUGGUCUAUAUGUCAGGGAUUCAAUAACAGACCCAACGAAAUCAAAAUUCCGAGGCCUGAACUCUCCUCAAAGUAAUUGUUAUUAGGAAUGUCAUAUUGGCACACUACAAUUUCCCCGUUAUCUCUACCUCUCCCCUCACAUUCCCACAGCAGCAACCAGCCUUGCUAUGGCAGCCCUGACGAUUUCCAAAAUGGUUUCAGGGCUGACAGGCUGCCCCCACUCAGCCGAGAAGGAACUUCUAAAAGAGAAAAAUCAGAGGUUAACCAUUUUCACCUUCAACACACGCCCCCCCAGGUGGCCCCUUGGCUUAACUAGGAUAUUUGUCAUGAAACUGUUUAAUCAAUCUGUCUGCCUUUACAUCCCAGGUCUUAACCCAGGUAGCUUCAGAUAAGGGGUAUCCCUUCCAGCGGACUAGGUAUUGCAAGUGACCCUGCUGUAAAUGAGUCUAAGAUCCUUUUUACCUCAUAAUGGGUUUCCCCUUGUACUAAAAUAGGCAUUGGGGCGGCCCAGUGUACUGGUGUUAGCUGAGAGCUUGCUGCGGUUUUUAGCAAGCUGCUAUGGAACACUGAGUGCACUUUCCCUAACAAGCAUUUUGAGUCUAAGCUGAACAGUAACAGGAUUUUUCACUAUCGGGAAAGGCCCUCUGAACUUAGGACCUAAUUUUCUGCUGGGCAGUUUGAGUUUUAGAUACUUUGUUGGCAAGUACACUUUGGCUCUGAUCUGCAGCUCCUCAGUGAACCGUUUCUUCAGCAUUUUGAAUGCCUGCUGACAAUCCAGGGACCAUGCCAGUGACUGACUGGGCCGCGGUUUAGAGGCAUCACCACCACCCCACCCCACCCCGUCUUCAACAGUUCUGUCAGGGGCAGUGUCACUUUUGCAAAAGCUGGGAUGAACUGCCUGUAGAAGUUGGCAAAUCCCAGGAAACUCUGAAGCUGUUUACUGGUGUGUGGGUGUUGCCAAUCUAGCACCAUUUUCACUUUUCCCGGGUCCAUUUUGAUUUCUUCAUUUGACACUCGGUAAUCCAGGUAGUCUAGGGACAUCUUGUGGAACUCACAUUUUGACAGCUUAGCAUAUAGUUUAGCUGCUAGGAGUUUCUUUAGGACUUGGCGCACUAGUUUAAUGUGCUCGUAUAGUUUUCACUGAAUAUGAGAAUGUCAUCCAAAUAGACUAGGACACCCUGAUAAAGAUGCUCAUGUAACACCUCAUUAAUUAGCUGCAUAAAGACUGGGGGCUCCCUGUAGGCCAAAUGGCAUUACUUUGAACUGGAAACUGCCCAGCGGGCAGUUAAAGACUGUUUUCCACUCAUCUCCUUCCUUGAUCUGCACCCGGUAGUAAACCUCUCUCAAGUAUAGCUUGGUAAACACCUUCCCCUUUGCCAAGUGGCUUAGCAUGUCCUUCAUUAAGGACAGGGGGUAGGUGUUUUCUACUGACACUGCAUUUAGAUCUCUAAAAUCAACUCAAAGCCUCAUCAACCCAUAUUUUUUUUGUUUGAAAAGCACCGGGGUAGCCACUCUAGACUUGGCCCAUUGGAUGAACCCCCUCACCAGGUUGGGGUCGAUGUAUUUUCUCAGCUCGUCCAUCUCCCUAGGAGUCAUGGAAUACAUUUUUGGCUUGGGCAAUUUAGCCCCUGGUACAAAUUCUAUAGCACAGUUGGUGGGUCGGUUGGGGGGGUAGGGUGUUGCACUGUUGUUCACUGAAGGUGGCAGCCAAGUCCCGGUACUCUGGGAAUUUGGGGACAGUCCGGUGGCGAGUCAGUGAUGGCUGCCACUUUUUCACUGGGCCUGGGGAUGUGUGGCGGUGCCACCGGGUGAGCCUUGUCAUCAGGGCAGGGUGGCAACGGUCCUAUCCCAUCUUCAGCUUCCUAUAGCCAUCUUCCCACGUGAUGGCAGGGCCCUACUUGUCCAGCCAUGCUAGGCCCAGGAUGAUGGCACCACUAUUAAGCGGAUGAACUCCCAAUCACGGUCCAUUUGAAGCCUCAUUGGUUCAGUGACCAGGGUGGCUGGGACACUGCCUAUUAGUGUCCCAUCAUCUUGCUCGAAGUGCAUGGGCCGUGCCAGGGGUAUCGUGCUCAUUCCUAGUCUGGACCGUGGGGAGGAUGAUCAAGCAUCUGGUGCACCCAGUGUCUAAGAUGGCCUCUAUUUCCCCUUGGGCUCCUGUCCUGGGCACCAUUAUUUGCGACCUUAUGGUGAAGGGGCAGAUGGCCUCACCAUCAGAUCAUCUUCGCUGCUCUCAUUGCUGUUGCUUCCCCCCCCCUUUUCAGGAGAGGUGGGAACCUCAAUGGCCUUCCUGGCGAAUUGCCCCUUGUCCGCUGACUUGCAUGGGGUUCUCUUCACUUUAGGUCCUGCCAGAGUCCAGACUUGGGGGGACAGGUGCCAGGGCUAGGCACUUGGAUGCUCAGUGACCUUGAUGGCUGCAUUUGAAGCACUUGAUGGCCACAGGCAAGGUCUGCCUGGGCUCUUCCAGCUGCCUCAUGGUGGUGUGGCAGCCCAAAACCCUUUUUUGGUUUUUUAGUUUUUUGCUCUGGUGCAGUUUUUUGCUUUCGGUGGACAUUCAGUACCAUUCUUGUAUGCACUCAGAAAGCCCUCGGAAGGUGCAGGCUUGGCGGUGGUCCUAGUCCAGGGCCUCCUUGAAGUGAUGGACCAGGAGGUGUUCUGGCUAGUCUCUCCGUUUUCCCGCCACUCUUCGGAAUUCCAAUACUAACUCCUUCACGGGGCGGCCCUUUUGCUUGACGUCUUUAAUCUCAGCCUCUGCCUCUUGCCCCUGGAUUGUAUCUUCGAACCAGGGCCUUAGUAGUUGCAGGAAUUUGUCGGCAUCCUCGAGUUCAGGGGUCUCCUCGUCAUGCAAUUGGGCCACCCACUUGGCUCUGACCUGCAGCUCCUCAGUGAACCGUUCCUUCAGAAUUUCAAAUACUGGGCCACAAGUUGGGCCAUCCACUUGGCCGCUUUGCCCUUCAUGUUGUCAGCAAUGGCCGAGAUCAUUUUGUCAGCCCUGGAGCCCAUCUUUUUCUUUGGAUCUUCAGGGCUGCCACAUUUAGUGCUGAGGAGGGGGGGUUGCAUGGAGUUGGUGGAGAUAUAUAGUCAUAACAACAUUCUUUGCUCUGGGAGUCAAGGACAUUCAGCCUGCACUUGAAGCGGUGUAACUGGGGAACAUCGGGAUGGUGGAUUGAUUGGGCCAUGUGAUGGACAUGUGGGUGCAGGGGAAGGAAUUUUGACUUUUCCUUGGGUGGGGAAAAUGUGGGGGCUUUCAGAUUCAGGUUUUCCCAGAUGUGCCAAUAUGACAUCUCUAAUAAAAUGAAACUUUGAGGAA